AUGAGUUUCCGAGAGCCAUUGCUGACGAUUUCCCAGAAUCCUCAGUCACCAGUCCGUUCGUCAACUCGAUAUGAGAAUAGUAACAUCGAGACAACACCGAAGUUACCAAAGCGUGAGCGAUUGGCUUCAUUUUCACGAUUACUUAACUCUGCGAAGCUAAAGGAGUUGUUCGCGGACACUACAUUUGAAACUAAUUCUCAAAAGGCGCCGUCUUCAAAAGAGAGCGCUUCACCGGGCUCUGAUGUCAGCAUUCAAAUUGAUGAAAGUAGUCCUCUAGAGGAGCUCUGCAGGAAAAAGAGAAAGUGGAAUGCUUAUCUCCAUGUACCUAAAUCUCCAAGGUUCGUCGGAGGAAAUUCUUCUCCAUUGUCCCCUUGUCGUCUGCAACUAACGCCCUUGCGUACUCCACUCUACACUCCUAAUAGAUCAGGAACAUUCUUAGGAAGAGGUUCCUUUGGAAACGUUAAACUGUUUGAAUAUAAAGGUAAGCGUUAUGCUCUGAAGCUAAUACACCAUAUUCAAAGUUUUGUGGGAGAAAAAAAUCUCUUGGGCCUUUCUCAUCCUCAUCUGGUGAAGAUUUUCCACAUUUGGAAUUUGGUGGAUAACAUCCUUAUCUGCAUGGAGUUUGCCGGGCAUUGCAAUUUACAACAGCUCUUAGACACUAAGAGCGAUAUUGAUUUUAACAGGAGACUAAGCUUUUGCAUCCAAAUUGCGUCUGGGUUAAACCAUUGCCACAAAAGCCACAUCGUCCACGGUGACGUUAAGCCAGCCAAUGUGAUAAUCAACCCAUACGGGAUUUGCAAACUCGGUGAUUUCGGCCACAGCCUGUAUCUUAAGUCCUCGGAAGAUUCGAUUGGUGCAGCUGAUGAUAUUGUGGGCACCGCAGCAUACGCAGCCCCGGAAGUGUUGAGAGGCAAAAGGCCUUCUGUUCGGUCGGAUGUUUUUUCCUUCGGAAUAUUAUUAUGGCAGGUACAGUCAAGAGAAAUUCCGUUCGCUGGAUUGCAUCCGCAUAUUGUCAUUUACAAGGUUGUGCAUUAUUGCGAAAGACCCAGUUUUGGCAAUACUUCUAGCAAAGCGCUUAACUUAUACGCUGAGACUGCCAAGCUUUGUUGGUCAGAAAACCCGGAAAAUCGGCUUGAAAUGACUGAAGUAAUUCAGAAAUUGCUCACAGUAAAAUCUAUGGAGAGAACAAAAUGA